CGCGGAGUCCCCCGGCCGCUUCCGGGCGAGUGCAGCGAGUCCCCAGCCCCGCGUCCUUGGAGAAAGGGCAGCCCUCCUUCAGAAUGAGUGUGGAUUGGAUUGGCUAUGGCUAUGCAGCGCUGGUUACUUCAGGUGGAGUAAUUGGCUAUGCAAAAGCAGGUAGUGUUCCAUCUCUUGCGGCUGGUCUCUUGUUUGGUGGUUUAGCUGGACUGGGUACUUACCAGCAGUCUCAGGAUCCAAAGAACGUUUGGCUUUCUCUGAUUGCAUCUGGAACCUUAACUUGUGUGAUGGGAAUGAGAUUCUAUAAUUCCAGGAAAUUCAUGCCUGCAGGACUGAUUGCUGGUGCCAGUCUAUUAAUGGUGGGAAAGCUGGGGCUACAGCUGAUGGAGAAGCCUCUUCAACCAUAAUUGUACAGCAAACAGGAAGCAGAAACUCAACCUGAAGAGACAGCUUUCUGAACCACCGCCUUGAAACAAGCACCGAGGACCUGGCUGUGUUUGGAGUUCAUUUGAUAACCCCAGUUCUUGAUUGCCUAGCCUCUGGAUGGCUACUAAGUAGCAGGGCAAGAUGUUGCCAGUUCUCUUUACUGGCUGCUAGAACUCAAUUAUACAGCUAUAGAAACAGGGCUUUUACUUCUCAAAAUCUUACACCUCAUAAAUUUCUUGCAAUGAACAUUUUAAGACUGCAAAUGGGAAGAGGAGAUAGAACUACCCAACAAUAACAACAACAUUCAAUUUAUAUACCGCCCUUCCAGACAACUUAAUGCCCAUUCAGAGCGGUUUACAAAGUAUGUUAUUAUUAUCCCCACAACAAAACACCCUGUGAGGUGGGUGGGGCUGAGAGAGCUCCAGAGAGCUGCGACUGGCCCAAGGUCACCCAGCUGGCUUCAAGUGGAGGAGUGGGGAAUCAAACCCGGCUCUCCAGAUUAGAAUCCCACACUCUUAACCACUACACCAAACUGGCUCAGCAAUGAUGCUGUUGUCUGUCAUGAAACACAGGUUUUUAAAAUCGUCACUUUCUAUCCCCACGCUCCCCCAAUUUAUAUACAUUUUACUAAACAGAUCCCCCCUCUUUUCUAUACAGGAACUUUUUAAGCAUUUUUAAAAAACCCAUCCUGAUGGGGCUACAAUCAAGGAUCAGUCAGAGGUGUAAGAUAAGCAAGCAAUCUUGUGUUAAUUUACCUGGGAGUAAACACCACUGAAUUGAGAGGGGCUUGUUUCUGAAUAAAUGCCGUACAAGAUCAGGCUGUAUUCUCUGAAAGUGUUUUCUUUCCAAAUCAGGUGCAAAUUUGUUAAAUCUCUGUGGAAAUCUAUGAUGUACAAAUGUCAUUAGAUUAAUGACCUAUUUACUAAUAAAUAUAAUUUCAAUGUGUUCAAAUGCCAUCUAUUAAUACUAAAGGCAGAGGUGUGUUGGAACAGUAAAGUGCAAGACUAAAAACUUGACUCUUCUGAUGGAAAACUACUGUGGUCUUGUAUUCUUGAGAAGUUCACUUUAUUAUAAAAUAAAAUAGUUGAAAAACCAA